AGCGCGGAUUUAUCUUUUCAUUUAUUUAAUAAUUGACGAGUUUAGGAGUUUUACAGUUUUAAAUCCGAUCUGGUCGCGUUCGGUCGAUUCGACCCUCGUUUUUCCGAGUUCUGUAUCAAAAGUGGCGUUUAGUUGGAAUCGAUUCGCCGAUUUGGAAUAUAUAACGCACUCCCACCUGAACCAUGGCUCAUCACCAUCACAACUUCGAGAUGAUCGAAGUGGAGGAUCACAGCCGGCGCCCAAAGAACAAGGCCCUGGCCUUCCUCAAACAGAAUAUUCUGACGAUAGCAACGAUGACUGGCGUCGUGCUCGGAGUAGUCCUCGGCAUGUCGCUCAGAAACGCCAAAGACAAAUGGACGGCGAGAGAAGUCAUGUAUAUCGGAUUUCCAGGUGAAAUCUUCCUGCGGAUGCUGAAAGGUCUGAUCAUACCGCUGAUCGUAUCGUCGUUGGUAUCUGCAGUAGCCAGUUUGGAUUUGUCUCUAUCGGGGAAAAUAGCCGCCCGGGCAAUCGCCUAUUAUUUAACCACCACUUUUGCUGCGGUGGUGCUAGGUAUGGUGACCGUGGUGACCAUUCGACCGGGAGUCGGCCACAAGGCAGCUAAUGUGACCAGCGUGGAUCAAAGGAAUGUCACUACAGUGGAUACUCUGCUUGAUUUAAUUAGAAAUAUGUUCCCGCCAAAUAUGGUCGAAGCCACAACUUUCCAGUAUCGAACGAAACUUAUUCCACCAAACGACCACGAAACAAAUCUCUAUAAAUUCAAGAUAGGAGAACCGGACAUAAUCCAAAGCACCAACGUCCUAGGUUUGGUCGUCAUAGCGGCCGCUCUGGGCAUUUCCAUCGCCCAAUUAGGCAAAGAAGCCAACGUCAUCGCAAACUUCUUCCACAACCUGAUGGCCGUCAGCAUGAAGAUCACCUCCUGGGUCAUAUUCCUCUCGCCGGUCGGCGUUCUCUUCCUAGUCUGUUCCAAAAUAAUGGAAAUGGACGACAUCCCCACCGUAGUGGGCCAAUUGGGAUGGUACUUCACCACGGUCUGUUGCGGUCUAUUCAUACAAGGCUUCGUCGUACUGCCUCUACUGUACCUCGCCUUAGCCAGAAAGAACCCCUUCAUUUUCAUAAAUAACAUGUCCCAGGCCAUCAUAACCGCCUUCGGAUGCGCUUCCAGUUCCGCUACCCUUCCGUUGACCAUCCGAUGCCUGGAAGAGAAGAACGGCGUCGAUUCGCGAGUGGCCCGAUUCUGCUUGCCCAUCGGAUCGGCCAUCAACAUGGACGGCACCGCCCUCUACGAAGCCGUGGCGGCCAUCUUCAUAGCCCAAGUGCGACACGUUCCGAUGGACUUCGGCACGCUGGUGGCCAUCAGCAUCACCGCCACGGCGGCCAGCAUCGGCGCCGCCGGCAUCCCCCAGGCCGGCUUGGUCACCAUGGUCAUGGUGCUCGACACACUCGGACUGCCCGCCGAAGACGUCAGCUUGAUUCUGACCGUCGAUUGGCUGCUGGAUCGGUUUAGGACGGCGAUUAACGUCAUGGGCGACGCCUUCGGCGCCAGCAUCGUCUACCACAGGAGCCUCAGGGAGCUGGGCAUCAUCGUACCGACGGAUUCGUCGGCCGACGAUCCGCCGGAGUACAUCGAUGGGGAACCGAUGUCGGGCAAAUCGCAUCUCACCGAACGCAAUCGGACUUCGAUACAGUAGAAAAAGAUUGCCGAGAAACGCUUCGAUCUGUACAUAAAGCUACGUCUGCUUUCCCACAAAUUAUUUUUAAAAAGACAGUGCAAUUCUCCGUACUACUAGGUAUAAACUAAAUCAUGCGUAUUGAAGAUUAAAUUAAUUAUAAGAACGAUACUUAAAUGCCUUAAUUGUACAAUUAAUAUUGACAAAAUAAACUCAAUAACAUUCACG